AUGCUGAUGCUACGCUACAGGGCCCCCAAAGUGCUGGUCCUUCUGGGUCCCCUCCUGAUGCUUGUGGGCCAGGCCACAACCCAAGUUUUGUAUGAACUUGAGAAGGAGCCAGCCUAUUGGGAUGCACAAGCAAGGGCAACUCUGGAUGCUGCGCUGAAACUGCGACCUCGAGAGCAUCAGGCAAAAAAUAUCAUCCUUUUUCUGGGUGAUGGAAUGGGUGUGUCCACAGUAUCGGCUGCACGGAUUCUCAGAGGUCAGAUGGAGGGUGGCUCAGGGGAAGAAACCGUGCUGGCCAUGGACACCUUCCCCUAUGUGGCCCUUUCUAAGACCUACAGUGUGGACAAGCAGGUUGCAGACAGUGCGAGCACGGCUACGGCCUACCACUGUGGAGUUAAGGCCAACGCGAAGACUGUAGGACUUAGCGCUAACGCAGUGGCCCAUGAGUGUAACACUACCUUUGGCAACGAGGUCUACUCUGUGCUACGGCGUGCGAAGGCACAAGGUAAAUCUGUCGGCAUAGUGACCACCACCCGAGUCCAGCAUGCCUCUCCAGCGGCGGCUUACGCACACUCUGUCAGCCGCAGUUGGUACAGCGACGCAGAUCUUCCUUCCUCUGCCCGCCUGCAGGGUUGUGUUGACAUUGCAACUCAGCUGGUCACCAAUGUUGACAUUGAUGUGGUUCUGGGAGGAGGGCGGAUGUACAUGACACCAAAAGGCACUCCAGACCCUGAGUAUCCUACCUCAAACUCUCGCAAAGGGGACCGCAAAGACAACAAGAACCUCAUUGAUGUGUGGCUGAAAGCUAAACCAAACAAAAAAUCCCGCUAUGUUUGGCACAGGAAGGACUUUGAUGAGAUUAAUGUUAAAACGACAGACCGUCUUAUGGGUCUGUUUGAGCCGAAAGACAUGAGAUUUGAGGUUUUCCGGAAUAAUACGCGUGAUCCAUCCAUUGUGGAGAUGACUGAAAAAGCCAUUCAGAUCCUCAGGAAGAAUCCUAAAGGUUACUUCUUAUUUGUUGAAGGUGGGAGAAUUGAUCACGGCCACCAUGACGGUAUUGCCAAACUGGCGCUGACGGAGGCUGUGAUGUUUGAUCGUGCCAUUCAGCGGGCUGCACAUCUCACCAGAGAAUCUGACACAUUGACCGUCGUCACCGCUGACCAUUCACACGUCUUCACUUUUGGUGGAAGCACACCUCGAGGAAAUCCCAUCUUCGGUUUGGCACCAAAAAAAGCAGAUGACAAAAUGCCUUACACAAGCAUCCUGUAUGCCAACGGUCCUGGGUAUGUCCAUGUGAAUGGAACCAGAGGGAAUAUCACCAUGGUUGAUUACUAUGAUGAAGAAUACAUGCAGCAAGCUGCUGUCCCACUGGAUGCUGAGACUCACGGCGGAGAAGAUGUGGCCAUCUACGCGAAAGGCCCAAUGGCACACCUGUUUCAUGGAGUGAAGGAGCAGAACUACGUGGCACAUGUCAUGGCCUACGCUGCCUGUUUGGAGCCCUACACAGACUGCCCUCCUCACCCUCACAGCCAUUCCUCGGCAGAGCAUGUGAAUGCAUCUUACAGGCUCCUGUUGUGCCUGCUGGGCCUCCUUUUGCUAUUCAGAUGACCCUCAAAGGCGAACACAAAGUUACACAGACAAUUACAGUUCAUGCAUGCUGCAAUACACUCUAUGCACUUAAUACUCAUGCACUGGCUGGCAAAUCAGAAUGCAGGGAUGAACAUAGAUGAUACUGUAUUUGUUAUCAGAAUUUAGUUUUUUUUUUUUUUUCACUCUGUAUCCAACUACACACCUUUGGACACGUUCACCUUAAUUAUU